GCAGAAAACGAUCUUUCUAUGAUUGGCUCCAAUGACGAGGAUCCUAUGACGACAUCUGCUGCUGAGCAGAAGAAUGUCGAACAUCAAGAAGAUCGCAGGGCCCGACAGUCUGAAGAACGAAUCACGAACUGCGAACUCGGGCAGCGGUCGAAAAAAUCUUCUGCAGUCGUUUCCUCAGGAGGAGCUGGAACACCUACUUCUGCGAGCACCGUAACGCGGCCUGGCGCGAUGGAGACGCCAAGUGUCAAGAAGCAGCAAGUGAUUUUAAACAGACCAGCCACGAAGAUGCUCGAGAAGGAAAACGGAUCAACGAGCUGCGCUAGCAGUGCUGUGGUUCUUACUUCAGCGUCUAAAGGAGACACAGUAGGUACCACCUUCGCCGGUUCGCCCUCGCCUGUGACUUCGCAAGAUGGGUCUCUGCGUCAGUUAGAGAGCGAGAAUGCCCGACUCUUAACGUUCAACACCGCAUGUUCCCGAGAGAUUCGAGAGACCCGACAGCUGAGUGCGCGGCUGCAACAUGAGUUGGGUUUUGCGCGCGAGGAGUUGCGGCAGCACAAAAAGCGGAUUCUCGCUUUGCAAGAGUCGGUGCAGCAGGAAAAGGACCUUAUAGAACGUGAGAAGACGGAGAAGGGCAGGCUUAAAUUGGAGCUGCGCGCCCAGCUGAAGACUAAUGCCGAGCUUCGCGGCGUACUCCAGGGUGAGAGGACAGCACGCGCACAGACGGAGAAACAGUUUGCGUCGCUGAAAGAACGGCUACAGCACAUUCGUCAGGCGAAAAAAAGCUCGGAGGGAAUGGUGUACUACCUUUUUUUGGACAUUAUUGAGGAUUCUCGGUACUGUUGUUUCUGUGACUGAGCAUCACGUAGCUCUGAACUGAUGUAGAUCGAGAACCUGAGAUUCUCUUGAAUUUGUUGGCGAGCAUCAUCUUUCUUUUCGUCUUCUUCCGCAGGAGAUUCUUUGUCAUAAUGAUUUUGAGGAAUGAUCAGAUGUAGAACUACUAGAAAAUAGUUUCGCAAUCACACAAAAGGUCGAAGCGCUCGCCAAGCAGCGGCAGUAUCAGCAGGGCGACGCCGAUGUACUACGUGAGGAGUACGCGAGUCUCGUGGAGCAGCUGGCUGAGGAACAGAACCGCAAAAUCCAGGCAAUCCAGGAGGGCGCGGAACUGCGAACUUUGCUGCAGAUCGAGACUUCCAAGUGGGAUCUGCAGCUUCGCGACCUCCGCGAGGCUCUCAGCGACGCAGAGGUCGCACGCGAUUCGGCAAUGGCGGAUCGAGAACGCAUUGCGGUGAAACUCAGCAGACUCGAGAAAGCGAUGAAGCAUCAAGGAAAAGGAAAGAGAAGUGUGGAUUAUGGUGUCCAGGGUAUGCAAAUGCAAGCAGAGGAUGUUGACAUGGAGUCAGGACAGGAUAACGAGUUUGAUGGUCGAAGACAGAAUGCGCGGUGUCAAGACGCAGGAGAGAUGAAAACAGUGACAUCUUCAAGUAAUGCUGCGGACGCAAUAGCUAAUGCAAGUUCUGAGAAAACGCAUCUGCAGGAGGAAUUGAAUGAGGCUCGCGUCGCGCUCGGAGACGCUGAGAUGGCAAACUGGGGUCUGCAAAACAAGGUAUUACAGUUACUAAAAACUAUUUCUGAGACUGAGAACAUCAAGAUACCAUGCACUACAAAUCGUUUGAGUACUAGUCAUUUUCUCCAUCAUACAGUGAUGCGUUUUCAAAAACAAAGUCGUGUUUACCUCAGGUAUCUGACGCAGAGCGAAUCGCACAGCGCCGGGAGCGUGAGGUUGCCGGUCUGAGCAAACGCGUGGAGCAGCUUGGAGAAGCGUUGCGGACUGCCGACGCGAAGAGUGCAGAACAUGCUGAGCAUAGCAGCAAGUGGAAAUUGAAGGCUGCAGAGGUGGUUCGGACGAAUCGCAACUUGCGUGAUCAAAGCGUGGAAAUGAAGAAGCGCAUUGAGCAAUUGGAGGCGGAACGCGCGGUUCGCGCAAACUUCGGUCGCGGCGCGUCAAGCGCAACUGUGCAGCACCAUGAGAGCGACUUUGGUCGAGAUGGAGCUGAGGCGAGGCGGAAGCACCUGCGGACGGGUCUGACAGCAGAGUCGGGGAGUAGAGUCAGUCAAAUAUACAAGAACCCGCCACAGGUGUUCAAUUUGUUUGAAGGCGACGGCAGCAGCAUCGCGUCUUCGGCGACCGCUGCUACAGAACAGCAGCAGCGCCACAGCAUGAAAUUUGAGUCGACGAAAAAUGCUGAGGACGAGGGGAUUUUCGUUGACGUACCUGAUCUUUGCGAUGUCGAGAAUGGCACUAGACCCUCACUCUCUGAUCCGGCACGCCGCGUGAAAUUGACAACAGUAGGCGAAAGUGCUGCUUCUAGAACGCAAACCGGCACUAACAACGACAUUUUGCUCUCGGAGGGGCUCGAUGGCGAUGACCGUGGAAUCGCCAGUGUCUGUAAGGAAACUCGAAGCGCCUCUGUUCGUGAGGAUUCCAAUAGAGUGGCAGUUCGCCCGAGAAGUCUGUCCUCGCCUCGUGAGGCGCCUAGGAAUGUGCAGCCUCGGCCCAGUCCGAACGUUGCUGCAGAUAAAUCAGACCGCCUAGCGAAUCCCCUCCAAACAGAUGAUGAGGAGGAAGGUCGAGUAGUUGACGAUAAGCAGUCACGACACGCAGAGAUGACAAAGCAAGGAAAGGAACAAGAUGGUCCACAGGCCAGUAAAGAGCACCUUCAACAAGAAGUUUCAAGCGUAAGCCCUGGCUGUUCCGGGGCAUGGAACGUUGAAGGUGGAAUAGAGCACGAGUUCGUCUUGGGGGCAAAAUGCGGAGCACCCCUCACGGGGGCUGAGAGCCGGAGCCCGCCGGACACGGGCACGCUAGCAUUGGCGUCGCCUGUGUCACCGGUGUCGUCGUUGGGCAGACACAUGGACGAGGAGCGACUCUUCGGACCGGGCGGCGUCGAGCAGUCGGAGGAAGAUUACGGUCUGUCCGCGUCUUUGGAAGAUAUGUUGACGAACGAUCCAGCGCUAAUGCGCUUGUCGCACAGUAUCAACAUGCUAGAGCAGUAUCUGCCAGCUGCGAGGACAACUACUGUCACAGAAUCUCACACUGGAAGCCGCAUAGAGAAGAUCAGGUAGUUGGAAGACGAAGAUGAUCAUCCAUUUUUCACUAAUGUUGUGCUUGAAAGCGCGCGUCGUCCCUGGCUAUAACGGAGGACCACACGAGCUCUCUCAGAGGAGGUGUCAACAAUCGCAUGCUCCUCUUCAGGAAAACGCGUUGUUUUGCUGUAUCGUGCCUAUGCAUUCAGGAGAUUGCUACAGAUACCCCUCUCAACGGCUAGGAUGGUAAAAGCAGCCAUCUAGUUUGAAGCAUUCAUAUUCAUGGUUUAAGAAUAGCAUGAUGUUUGUCCCCGGAAGAGAUUUGCUGGCUGGUACAUUUGCGCAUGGAUUAUUGAAGCAAAUACUAAUCCUGAAUUGAAAAUGUCAUGGAUUCGCUACAAUAGGAUGUCCUUAGAACUUUUUUCUCAGACCCGGAGGCACUGCGACAUGUUCAGUAAUUCUAGUGGCCACACUUCCGAUCCCGAAGAU